AUGCCUUCUGAUCUUCUCACAUGCACCAUCUGUGCCAAAAGUCAACGAUUCAGCGAUGUUUCUCACCUUUUAACCCAUAUCGGAUCCAAAGGUCAUCUGGCCAAUUUGCACUCUUUGCAAGUUCUAAGCCACCAAGAACGAGAUGCUGGUCUCAAGUUGUCAAUCUACAAUGCAUGGUUCCAAGAGCAUGGAAUGGCAAGUCUGCUCUCUGAACGCAUGCAACAGAAAGAGGAGAAAAAGGCUACAAAGAAGGCAGUCCAGCAAGCUCGGCUGAGCUCCACUCCAGGCUCGAAUGCUAUGAACCCACAGAAAUCACGAAAGUCACGAAAGACGUUCAAGGCACCAAUUGCUGUUGCAGCAUACGAGCUUCAGCCACUGACGAUCAAGCGGAGCGAGUCGGAAGUUGAACUCAACAGUGCUAGCUUCACUACCCCGAGGCAAAGCAGCUAUCCCGCUCUUGAAUCGAGCCCUCCUAAACGUGAAUCUGAUGCAUUCGAGGUGAACGAGGAUGCCUUGCCUACUCUCAGUGACGAGAACCUCUCUCCAAGCAAAUACUCUCCUGGUGCGCCACAACUUAAGGGUGAAAAAUAUCCGGGCAUGCACUUAUUUGAUGCAGCACCAGAGGCACAGCGGCGAAAGAGGAAUCAGAAGAAGGAUAGCUCCGUCUUGAGGCAGCUUGAACACAACGCUUCUCUCGUCGUGCCUACCGAAGUGGUGCACUCUUCUGCCGGCUUGGGAUAUGUCUUGAAGCGCCGCUCAAUGGACGAUCUGGAAAACGACAGUCCUGUAGAAGGUGAAGAGCCGUUGCCAACCCCUGCUGCUAGAAAGAAGAGAGUCACACGUGCUCCAUGGAUCAAGGAAGAAACCAAACAAGAUGAGAAGAAGAAGAAGAAGCCAAAGAGACGAGGACGUCCUCGAAAACAGCUUGAAACGCCUACCCAAGAUACAAGCUCUGCCGUUGAAGACGAUGCUCAGCUAACGUCUCAUUACUCACCUACUGUGGACGAAGAUCGUGACUUCAAGCCAACUGUACGAAAUGCUGGCAGAAAGAAGAGAAAGAAUGCCUUCAUUGUCUACCAGGACUUAUCACCCUCCUUUGGUGUUGACGGCUCGUCAGAGAUGAUGCCCGCUUACGUCGACGCUGAUAUCGGUCAAACACAAUUGAUGUAUCCUCCUCCGGCUUGGCAGAAACAGCAGAUUGACCUAUACGAUAGCUUCAAGCUAGUCAGUGACCGAUACACAACCUACGCCAAUUCGGCUGAUGCUAGUCGAGACAAAGAGAACAUCAACCCAUUACUGACCAACAUCACUGGUUUUCACCAAGAGCAGAGCAUCAACCCCCUAGCCGUUCACAGCGUCAACCACAAGGACGGACCGAACUCCUCAAUUUUUGGUGGCCGGAUAGAUCAUCACAGAACACAUGGGUCAAUGCUUAGCCACGAUUACCCACCAGCACCUUUGGGUGUACAACAUACAUUUGAGGUGUCGGCUGGUCCAUUUGCUGGCAACGAUGCAUUCAUGUCAACAAGAAACCCUUUGAUGGCAGCCCUUGAAAAGUUCAAUACACCUACAAAGCACGAAGCCUACGGCUACGACGGUUUCCAGAACGAUCUGACUCCACGUUAUCGACAACCACUUUUUGCACCCUAG